AUGUUGGGCGCGCGGCUCAAGUCAUGGAUGGAGGCGCAGCUGGGGCGGGCCAAGAAGCGUAAGCAGAAGCAGGCGCGUCAGACAGCGGCAACUACGACCACAGGGCCUCUGCCGCCUCCUCAUCUGUCCUCGCCGGAGAGUGCGUACAGCACGGGAUACUCGACGGAUGGCACUUCUCCUGGAACAGCACCGGCCCCGCUCGCCGCUCCGCUCGUAGCCCCACCGCCGCCGCCUGCGCCACCGACCACACAUCUCUACCACGAACCAGCCAAGCAGCGUCGUUCUAACGUGGUCGUCCGUCGCUGCAUACCAGAGCCAGCACCGGUACCCGUAGUAGUAUGUGCGACACCAUCUCCUCGGCCACGAUGUCGGAUCAGAACCAACCCGUGGAUGGGGGCAACUUCACCCAGCAGGCGAAGACCUCAGAAUAUAGUGCAUCAGCAAUCCCUGCAGUGCCCACCCACAACACAACCGCAACUACAUCAUGCUCCAUAUUCACUUGAUUCCCAUGUCAAGUAUGGGUCGAGAUCACCGCACCUCUCCCCUCACUUAUCACCAGAGCCUCAUAGAUCACCUUACUAUCGCGGCGGAGCUUCCAGUGACGAAGAGUGCAGGGGAAUGAGAGCCAGAGGUCGAGAGACCGCCAUAUUAUCUGAUGCUGACUUCGAUUCUGAUGGAGACACUGGACUAGAUGGUGGAGAUGAAGAUGAUGAUGAAACUGCCUCGCCUGGAAGACGAAGGGCAAGGAGACGAAGGCCUCCGCGACGACCACCGCGGUCGGCAGCCAUGUUUUCAGGAGCCACGCCGCCACGGAUGCGUAGACGCAACCACGCACCUUCAGCCCCACCAGUUCGAGAACGAGAUCCUUUGCUGGAGGCUGACAGAGAGGCAGAAAGGAAGUACAGGGAACUCAUCAGGGAAGCGGAGAAAUUACUGGUCACUGUGUCACGAGCACCGCUUGAACCACCGCACAAUCCAAGAGUUAGGGAGUUGAGGGCUACUGAGGUGGAAGCUCCCCGUAGAAGUCCAGAGCGUACUCAUAUUACGAACUUCAUGCGUGCAAACUCCCCCGAGCCUCCUCGUCGUUUGUCCCCUGUCGCGAGGCGCUCCCCACUGGCUGCUCCGCCACCACCCCCGGUGGCACGACGGCUCACUCCUCCCUCGCCGACAGACAGACCCCACUCCGAGCCCCCCAAAAGGAAGGCUUAUGCUCGGGAUGAGGUUCUUCAAACGUUGGAAGGUCUUCGCAAGAGUCUGCAGCAGCAAUCGGCUCUACUAGCGGUGCAACGGACACGACUGGACUCCCUAUAG